ACACACUCGUGUAUUUCUAACCUGUGCGCAAAGACGUUUUAGUUUCCGAAAAUUGCGAAAAAAAAUCCGUAACACAUUUUUGACAUUUUUGUAAUUCGAUUUGACGAAGCGCGUCCGAGAGCGCGUUGCAAUUUUUCUCGAAAUUACAUUGUUUUUGCGAUUUACAAGCUAUUCUCUCGGUGUUUUUCUCCGCCAAACUUUACGACACGUUCCUUGCAAGUUGUUUCUGCUCCGCGCUCUUUCUUUCGUGCAAACUGAUCGGACAGGUUUUAGAGGGAUUAAUAUGAUUACCUUAAGAGGAAAGCUGAAAAAAGAAAACGACAUAGCGAAUUCAAAGAACAGAGACUACAAUAAGCGAGCCUCAAUACGUGAUAAAUUACUUGUCAAAGAAGUGCAAGAAAUGGAACAGACGCUUCCAGCUACUUGUCAAGUUACAUUUAAAGAUCCGCAUCGACUAUAUGAAUUUAUGCUACUUAUUGUGCCAGAUGAAGGAUAUUGGAUCGGGGGUCAUUUCUAUUUUCAGAUUUAUAUAAGUGAAGAGUAUAACAUGGCUCCACCAAUAGUCAAAUGUUUAACAAAGUUGUGGCAUCCUAACAUAAAUGAAGAUGGUGAUGUGUGCCUUUCUAUUCUAAGGCAAAGUAGUAUCGACGGAAUGGGAUGGGCGCCAACACGAAAACUGAAAGAUGUUGUCUGGGGUUUAAAUUCUCUCUUUACCGAUCUUCUUAAUUUUGAUGAUCCUUUGAAUAGAGAUGCCGCAGAAUUAUUUAUCACUGACAAAGAGUCCUUUCGUAUAAAAGUUAAAGAUUAUGUAAUGCAAUAUGCAAAGAGAUGAUUUACACUGUAACUUCUUAAGAAAUUAAUAAUUUUUCAUAAUUUUUAUUGAAUCAAUUUUGCGCUCCGCUUUAGUAAAUGAAUCAAGUCUGCGGCACACAGUUGCUUUUUGUGUCCCGUGCUGGAUUAAAUGCGGAUGAUGAUCUCGACUCGAUUGAAUCACACAACUUUCUGAGAAAUUUAAGAGCUAAAACUGCUGUUUGCUCGCACGCGAUCUAGCGUGAAAAAAAAUAAAAACAAAGCAUCGUGUGUCGCAGACUUUAAAUGACUUGCUCAAAUUUGCUUUAGGUCGACUGAUAAUAAAACUCAAUUCACAAAACAACUUUUGUAUUUGCUAGUCUGUUUGCGUGAGAGAGAAACUUUAACUUUCAGUUAUUCGUAAUUUCUCUUCAUAUUGUUAACAUAUAUUUAAAUUAUUAAAAAAAAAACUUGUAUUUAUCACGCAUUAAGUACUCUAUAUUAAUUAAUUAAUCUAUGCUAAUAUAUAUACGAAUAAAAUUGUAAAUGUACGCAUGAAGAGGAUUGAAACUGCAUCACGUGUUGUACAAUAAUAUUCUUCUCUCUCUUUAUGAGACCAUGUAACGCUCUGAGAGAGCAUCUGUAAAUAAAAUGGAUGUUUAAUAAUA